UUGAUAAAGUUUGCUCUAUCAAGGUUUUAUCAAUAUUACGUUCUUUACCGUACUUUUCAGUGCAAAACAGAGUACAAAAUUCCAUGUCUCUAUGUUAUCGACAGCAUUAUUCGCACAUCUAAGCAUCAGUUCAAGGAGAGAGAUGUGUACGCGGCACGCUUUCUCAAAAAUUUCUCGAAGACCUUGGCUGAUCUACUUAGUUGUCCGGUAGCUGAUCAGCCUCGCGUAGUCCGUACUUUAAACCUCUGGGGCGCUAAUGGUGUCUUUACUGAGGAACAACUUGCACCUUUCAAACAGCAGUGCCGUGAUAUGGGAAUAGACACGGAUAUUGAACGAGUGGAACGUCUUGUCAAAGGAGAAGAUGCGGAUAUGUCAAGAUAUGGAGGGGCCUAUGGCAGAGCUAAGGAAAAGGAAAGAAAGAGGCAUCACAGAAGUUCGGCUCCAGAGUCUCCACCUCGUGACCUUGCUCAACCGGCACCUUCAACCACUCCUCCUAUGCCACCUCCCGUUCAUCUGACGAACCCAGCUGCCGCUUCGAGCCAAAAUGUUGCUCCUGUCAAUACCAACAACGAAAAUGAACCAUCUGAUGAGAUUCCUCCAUGUGGCCUUAGUGAGCGGAAACUUUUGGAAAUGAUGUUGGAUGCAAAUUUUGAUUUUAGUGGUGCAUUUAAGAAUGAUAUCGUUUUGCUGAGGAAAGCACACGGGCUAAUUGCUCGCGCGCUCGAUGCUCGUAUACGAUCUGUAGGUGACAAGCCAGAGAUUAAAGAUCUGCUCUCGAGUCAAUUUGACUAUAGUGAUGAAGAAGACGAUGGUGACGAGAACAAAAAGAGCAAAAGACCUGAAAAGGUUAAGGAGGUGUGCCAGGAGGAUCUGCUGAACAUUGCUAGAAACCUGAUCGAAGAUCCUAAUGUAAUAGCGGCAUUCAAACACAUGCAUGCUGAACGAAUUGUUGCUCUUAAUCAGAUUGCUGCGCAAGCGCAACAGCGCUCACUUGCUGCGGGGACCAACGCCCCUCCAGCCAGUUCAAGUCUCCCAGGAACGUCGUCAUCCUCAAGUGUACCGAGUAACACUGCGACUCCUGGUCUAUCGGCAGCAGCAGCAGCUGCUGCGGCUUUACAAGGAAUCAAUCUUCCAAAAGGCCUACCUCCAGGCUUGGCACUUCCUCAAGGACUUCCCUUUCUGGACAUAAGCCUGUUCCAGGCCGGAUUGCCUAACCUCGCAGCUUUGCAAGGAGUUCAGGGCUUACCCAGCCUGCAAAGUCUCACAGGUCUUCCAUCACUUAAUCUCGCCCAUCUGUCGGCCCUCAACGCAGCGAAUCCUUCACAACCUAAUCAGGCCCUGCUCAACUUGUUGACCAAUAAUUCUUUGGUAAGUACGUUCCCAUCUGUACAGUUUUCCUGA